AUGCACAUCAUGGUCGAGCUUCAGUGUAUCGAGGCUAUAACAUUAUCAAACAGCGAUACAUUCUUUCCUAUGGUCAUGCAGAGUUUGAUCAAGUGUCUUGGCAAUGACAAGCGUAUAUCAAUCGCAGAGUUAUGCGGUGGAAUGAAUGAGAUGAACGUCAUACAUCAACAUCAUGGUCCACAAGACACCGUUCACAUGAGCGAGCACUACUCUUUGGGUUCACUCGUUAACAUGACUGAUGCCACGCCAUACCUCGAAGACAACCUGUUACGAAUCCCACUGAUCAACUCACAAACACUAUGUGGCGAGAUACAGAUACAACCAAUCAACUCGAUGGAGAUGUGCUGGCUGAUGCAAAGUUUCAUGCUAAAGUUCAUCGUCAAACAGACCGCGUACGAGACCGAGAGGAGGAUACACGAGAGGCUGCUAUCCACCAUCGUCGAAUGUAGCUGCACAUCAACUUUAGACGACUUCUUCCAUCUUCUGUCCGAACCACUAUGUCGAUCAUUCAACGCCAAGUACUGUGGCUUUUGCAAGUUGAUCUCAAGCAAGGCCGCCAUCAACAUGUGCUUCGCCAGCAACAUCUCUGAGUUUGAAAGCAGAACACUCCACAUUGCCAAAGGACCAUGCAAGAUGAUAUACGAUGAGAAGAAGAUUGUAUUCUUUGAUGAUCUCCAGAAUCAAUUCCCAAAUGAACCAUUCUUUGCCAAACAUGGAAUCAACGGCUACAUGGGAUUCCCUUUAAUUGGCUCAAGUGGACAUGUGAUUGGCCACUUCUUCCUCGUUGGUGAGCGUCCAUUCAAUCCUGUGGCAGCAAGAUCACCAAUCAUAUCUGCCAUUUCCAAGCGUGCAUCAGUAGAUGUUGAGAGAAUGCAAGUACAAGAGGAGUUGUUAUUGGCAGAGACACUGUUGGAUCAGUUCCCAGGAUGUGUAUUCUUGGUCAAUAGAGAUGGAGUGAUCAUUAGAGAGUUUGGACACUCUGAUAAUAUACUUGGACCCAAAGAUUCAUGUCUUGGAAAGAAUGUAUCAUCGUUUGAACAUGGCAAGCAGGAGAUAUAUGAACACCUGAGAGCAUUGGGCCCCGACAACAACAAACAAGAGAGCAUCGUGGUGAAGGAGAUCAGAUUGACCAAGAGCAACAAUGAGGAGUUGCUUUGUGAGAUCUUCCUCAGAGAGAUUGUUGAUCAUAAUGGACACUCACUCGGUAUAAUGAUGGUGAUCAGAGAUAUUACCGAGGCUAAACAGAUCCAACACUCUUUACAGCAAGCCAACCUUCAGCUAUCUGAGAAUAACACCGAGUUGAUCGAGACACAUGAUCGAGCACUCAAGGCCAUCCAUAUGAAGUCCCAGUUCAUGGCCACAAUCAGUCAUGAGAUCAGAACUCCAAUGAAUGGAGUCAUUGGAAUGGCAGAGAUGUUGUUGACCUCCAAUCUGACACCUCAACAAUACGAGAUUGCCGACACCAUUCACAAGUCUGGCGAACUACUCUUGUCCAUCACAUCAGACAUCCUGGACUUUUCAAAGAUCGAAGCAUCCAAGCUUGAGUUGGAGAUGACCGAGUUUGAUCUCAAAGGAUGUAUUGAAGGAGUGUUCAACACUCUAUCAAUAUCAUUAGAAAAGAAGAUUGAGAUACUACUGGUAUUCGAGAAGGAUGUACCUUCUAAACUUUUUGGUGACCCAAACAGACUGCGACAGAUCAUAAUUAACAUUGGAUCAAACGCCAUCAAGUACACAGAUCAUGGUCAUGUCUAUGGACAUGUGUCAGUUUUAGAGAGCUCCAAGGGCAAGUGCAAGAUAUGUGUGUCCAUCCAUGAUACUGGCAUUGGUAUUGAGGACGACAAGAGAGCCCUUCUCUUUGAGCCCUUCUCACAACUAGACGCCUCGACCACGAGGAAGUAUGGAGGAUCUGGUCUUGGUCUGGCCAUCUGUAGUCGCCUUGCGAAGCUCAUGGAUGGCGAGGUGACAUUGGACUGGAGUCAAGUUGGCAAAGGAUCGGUGUUCUCCCUCAAGGCUGUGUUUGAGGAGGUUGAGCAUCCAAGUGCACAACCAUUGAUCACAGAGAUAGUCGAGCCAGAGUCAACAACAUUGCCCCUAUGUUUGAUUGUGGACGAUUAUCCAUUUGGAUCGAAGGCCACCGCGGACAAGUUGCACCAACUAUGUCCCACCAAUGUGGAAGAGAUGGCCAGUUCAACAUUCGAUGAGAUACUGAACGCGAAUGAAUGUUGCGCACACAAUUGGAAACAAACAUUCAUCAGCAGGAACUUGAACAUGAUCAUGAUCGUUCAUCGUGAGCACAAAGACAUCAACACAUUCAUCAAACUCGCGGCCAACACUGCCGAGUACUGCAGGAGCAUGCCUGUAAAGGUGGUGCUGGUUACCAACACUGCCAACGCCAAGCUGGUACCUACCACGAGGAAGUACAUCCUUCUCACCAAGCCAACUUCCAGCAUCAACCUGUUAAGGAUCAUACAACAGGAUUACAAUGAGCUCUACAACAACUUGCAAGUCAGAUCACCCAAUAACAAGUCCAUUGGGAAUCAAUCACUGGAGCCUCUAGAGGACAACCAACCCAAGUCCCCAUUGAAGAUACUCGUGGUGGAGGACAACAUGGUCAACCGCAAGGUGGUAUCAAUGCAGCUGGCCAAGCUUGGUUACGAGUGUGACCAGGCAGAGGAUGGCAACGAGGGAUUCAACAAGUACAAGCAAGGCCAAUAUGACAUUGUGUUCAUGGACCUGACCAUGCCCAACUGUGAUGGUGCUCAAUCCAGUCUCAUGAUCCGGUCCUAUGAACAGAUAUCCAACAAACCAAGAGUAACAAUAAUUGCUCUCUCUGCCACCGUCCUCGAUGGUUCCAAAGAGUAUUGUCAAUCCAUGGGUAUGGAUGACUUUAUAAUGAAACCACUAAAGUUGAAUAAGCUCAAACAGGUGUUGGAGUCAAUCAAGAAGUAG